AUGGGUAUGUCUUUGUUCGCGACGAUGGGACGCUCACAAAUGGACCCUCACAAUAUGUGGCUUUCUGCAGCAGCGGAGGUGGCGGUGCUGCUGUAGCUCGUAGACUUUGUAGUUUACCACAGAGGUUACACUGCUGUCACCGCGGUUGGUCUACACUGCUGUGAGAUCGGUAGGCCCGAGCGAGCUUCGGAAAGAGAAAUGUAGGUAGAUGUUCUUAUCAACUGAGUCCCUGGUCAGGCUUUCAUGGGUGCUAGAUGAGAGUGAGUACAAGGGGCGAAGGCGCGCUUGUGUCUCAGCUCAACAACAAAAACA